AUGGGUGCCUUUGAUCACGGGGCGCGUGGCGGGUGCCCUUUGGACAAGCUCGCUGCAAGCAUCAUCAUUGAAACAUCCACCGGUUCUCAAUACAAUAUCGACAAUAUGCCGUGGUAUUAUCCGCAGAUUCGCAAAGACUUCAACACCAGUACUGAGAAGUUCAGAUACUGGCGGGAUCAUAAAUAUGGGCUGCGAUUCACAAAGUUCGACAUUGGCGAGGAUGAGGUCUGGGGGUCCCUCCACGAGCGAUUCAACACGGCGCCCAUGACGAUCAUGGACCGGGAGGCGUGGCACACGGACGUCGUGGAUAUUCUGCUCAAGUCAGACACGGUCGACGAGUUGUACGCAGAGCUGGAGAAACGCAAAAAGCAACGGCUCGACGAGCUGACCACGGCCAUGACCAGCAGGAAGCAUCCCACCGGCUGGUACAGCAUGCCCUCGGAGCCACUCAAGCAGCUAGCUCGCGCCGUGACCGUGUUUCAAGACACAGCGACCAUGUAUAGUGCUGUACUAGUAGUUGACGCCAUGACCAAAGUUGAGCAGGUCGAACACGAGGUGCAAGACCGCGAAUCAAAGAAGAGAAUUGCACUGAGCAUCAAGGCUCGAAGAGAACGUCGGAUACAACGUCGUAUACAGCGUCAGAGAAGAGAGGCCCUCCAGAACCAGUCGCCGGCCGACGCAACUACUCCAGUAAAGCCCGGCCGCAUGUUGACCCCGCCAGACGACGAAUCGCCCGGUAGAGAGCACGAUGCUGCCGGCGACGACACGAAGAAGAGAAAGCGUGAGGAUGCGGAUACGGACUCGGAAAGGGAGAGCGGCAGCAGCAAGAGCCGGCCGGAUACCGCCACGCCGCCGACGGAAACUCGCAGUCGUGCGGCCAGCCCGGCAGCCGUCGCAUCGCCGACGUCGUAUUGUGGAAGCAGUGAUUUUUCUGACAGAGAGGAAGAGUGGGAAUAUAAAGCUCAACUGCUUGGUGAGAUGUCAGCAAAGUAUGCGAAUCAAGAAUCACGUCGGUGCGGCUGUUGCCCCGACCCCACGUUGAACCCCAUCGGGGACCCGGACGAGCAGCGAGUCCCUACCAGGAUAUGUUUCGAGGCCUGCGGUUUCCGACAGAUUGAUAUACUGCCAGACGAUUCACUCAUCGAGGCACAUGACAGAAGCACGCUUCCCCAUCAGCAGUAA